AGAGCUGCAGGCACAAACAAGCCGGACUCCAUGUGCCGAUUUCAUCCCACUUCUUGGAGCAAACUUGGUCUUGGAGAACAUUUUGGGAAUCUUUGUGAGAAGCUCAACGACAGGGAUGCAGUGUGACGAGCUCUCAGCCCGAGAUGAGUUCACGUACAGCCACAUGCCAACGCUGGAGCGGGGUAACGGGUCGCUGGGACGCCGUGGGGAACGAGGGGGAGAGCGGAGGGCGGACAGAGGCGAGCGGUACAGGCCGGAGCGGGACAGCUACACGGUGGAUGUUAGAGCCAGUGACCUGCAGCUGGCCCAGCCUGAGCCUCUGAAACACCCGUGCUUCAGCUGCAGGGCCUGGCUCUACAGCGUCCUCAUCGGGGGCAGCCUCCUCAUCACCUCUGGGUUCUCUCUCUACCUGGGGAAUGUGUUUCCUGUCGCCAUGGAUUACCUUCGCUGUGCUGCAGGAUCAGGCCUUCCUGCAGCGUUGGCGAGUUUUGCCAUCGCCAAGAACAGACACGUGGCGGUGUCAGAUUUCCAGGUGCUCUACGUGUCCACGUUCGCGGUGACCACGACCUGCCUGGUGUGGUUCGGCUGUAAACUGGUCCUGAACCCGUCUGCUGUCAACAUCAACUUUAACCUCAUCCUGAUGAUUCUGCUGGAGGUGCUGAUGGCGAGCACCGUCAUCCUGUCCGCCCGCUCUGCAGAGGACUGCUGCUGCCACAGGAAGCAGCACGCCUACGACAGACCCGUGGUCAUCACCCCGGCUGUGUUCCCCACUCGUCUCCUCAAAGCUUACUCUGUGAUCGAGGUGAUCGUGGGGAUUUCUGCUGUCUUUGGAGGGAUCAUUGCCCUCAACAUGGACGCCCUGCUGCCUGGCCCCUACCUGUCCGUCACAUUCUUCUGGAUUCUCGUUGCUUGUUUCCCCAGCGCCAUCGCCAGUCACGUGGUGUCAGAAUACCCCAACAAGUUUCUGGUGGAGGUGCUCAUCGCCAUUAGCAGCGUGACGUCUCCGCUGCUCUUCUCCGCCUCGGGCUUCCUGUCCUGCAGCGUGAUCAGCUUCAUUGACAUCUUCCUGAAUGAAGUGCCGACAGCCAAGCAGUCCUACGACAUCCUGCUGCUGAUCCUGAUGGUGCUGCUGCUGGUGCAGGCGAUUCUGACCUCAGCCACCGUGGUGCACUGUGCCUCCUACAAGAGCCGACUCCGCGUGGCGACAUCAGAGAGCGAGGACGGCGUGCAUGCACAGACCAAUUACUGCGAGCCAGCCAGUGGAACGCUGCAGGACUUUGACAAAGACAGAGCCUGGAAGGCAGUCGUGGUCCAAAUGGCCCAGUGAAGACCCCUGCAGCAGAGACGAGCUUUUCUGAGAAGGAGAAAGGAGAAAACUCAGUUACUACGAGCACAAGAGAACAAUCCUGAGACCCAAGAGAAAAGCUCUUCGGUGAAAACUGAAUCCUCUCUGGUUUUCUGAAAAGUUCCACAUUAGACAACGUUCUGAUAACAACCUCCAUCACAGGGGUCUGCAGUAACAGCUAGACCUGCUGUAGUCCACCUGCCAGCCCAGUGCUGAGUGCUGCAUGCUCACAUAGGCCCAGUCCUAAUCCUACCCAAAUCCUCAGCUCUCUAACGCCAGACCUGAGGUGGUAAAAAGUACCAGCAACAUCACACAUCACCUGGAGACAAGACGAGCCCACUGCAUAAGAGAAAGAGCCCACUUUAAGUACGCAAUAUGGACAAAAGUAUCUGGCCACACCUGUUCAUUAUUGGAUCCAGGUGUUCCAGUCAGACCCACAGGUGUAUAAAUCCUCACCUGUCCAUGUAGUCUCAGACAUCUGUGAUCCUAAACGGGUCGUUCUGAAGAGCUCAGAGACUCCAGCGUGGUUCUGGGAUGAUGACACCUUUGACCUUCAUCCCUGCUGGAUAGUCCACAGUCAGCUGUCAGUGAUAUUAGAGAGUGGAAGAGUUUAGGAACAACAGCAGCACCCAGGUAAAAUCACAGAGAGAUCAACACUGCUAAGGAUCAUGGGUAAAAGUCUCCAAGUCUGAACUUCCAUGAAUGUAAACACUAAAACUGCAGCAUGGAUGGGUUUCUCUGAGGAUUUCACACACGCUGGUGCAUCGUUCAUCCAGACCAGCGAUGGUAGUAGAUGUAAAGGCCACCUUCAGUGAAUUAAACAGAUUCUCUUUAUUUAAACGUUAAGAUUUAUACGAGAGCAGAGGAAUAUUCUAGAUCAGGGGUUCUCAACUGGUUAGGCAUCAGGACCCACAGAGAAAUCCUGACCCCACUUUUAAAAAGGUCCAACCACUCAGAUUGAUCUGAUACAUUUUUGGACCCUAAAAGAAAAAAAAACACAAAAUGAAGAGAGAAGUCAAAAUAAAGCGGUUUAAAAGCUCGUCAUUACACAAGAAAACACACGUUCCUGUGAAGUGUGAGGGCUGUCCCAGUUCUCCUGAGAGUUGAGGGGUGAGUGUGAGGCUUUAUCUCCCUGUUCUGAGAGUUUCCUGGAGCUCUCUUGGUACUGAGGUUAUCACUCAAAGAUGGCGGUGAAUGCGGGGAAGAAAUCGAGCUACAAAUGUACAUUUCUUUGUUGAUAGAGAUCUAAAAAUGACAAAAACCACUCCAACAUCUUAGUUUAAUGUUGUUUUAGAGAUUAUUUUUCUUUUUGUAGCGUAACAUUUACUUUUAUUUUUACCAUUGUAAGCCGGUAACCAUGCCGUCUCCUUCUUCUUCCUCUGAAUGGACAGACUAUGCAGUUUUGGCACAUUACUGCCCUCUACAGUCUGAAAUGGUAACUGCUAUUAAGGGGUGUCCCAUUUCUAAGUCAGAGAUGGCCCUUACUCUUGGUUUAGAGGGCGAGUUAAGACUGAGGGUUGAGAUUGAGGGUUAAGGGGAGGAAUGGGAUUCAGCCUUAAGGCCCAAACAUACUCGGGCAGAACGUACGUGGAACGAACUCUGCGGAGGUCCGUAAGGCCCUUGCGCACAAAGCUCAAAUUUUAGACCGCGCGGACUCCGCUCCUCGUACUGGUGUCACACAAAACAUGCUCGGCAUGUAUUUUCACAUCGACCCACAUUAAAUGUGACACCGACCUGCAUUUUGUUCCUCUGUGCAGCGUUGACGGGUGAGCGGUGACUCCCAGAGUGGAGGAGUGGGGCUAGGCGCCCAACUAGAUCAUCAAAGUUUUCACGUGUCAUUCGGAAGUACUGAAAAUGUUUUUCCACGUCAAUACUUCACAUGUCCUCCACCAACAUGGCAUACUCCCCUUCCUUGUCUCUUGUGGCGUUUAAUGGCCGUACAUACCGCCGUCUCUUAAUUUUAUUGCUUUGCAAAGCCCGCAGGCUUCGUCAGGAUAAGACGCCAUGACAGAAAAAUGUAAACAACGCACAAGGAUAGCGGGAAGUGUAGGAUUUCACAGAAAUUUCACAGGAAACUACUGCGCGGCGGUGCGGUCGAUGACUGCGGACAUUCUGCUUCACUCGCAGUACGCUCCAGUAUGUUCGGGGCUUAAGUCAUUUCCUGAAGAAUUCCCUUGUUAUCUUGGAAAAACCAGAAGUGUUAUCCAAAGAAAAGGAGAUAAAUGAGCAGAAAGCUUGAAACAAAUACUAAAAUUUACUCAAAACCUCAAAACUACAGGUAUAAAUGUACUCCAUGUCUACGUAGGGCUUCUGUAGAGAGAAUUCCUGCCUCACUGUUUUUCCUGGCACACACUCACGACCCGUUGGAAAGAGUGUCACGACCCACUUUUGGGUCCCGACCCACCAGUUGAGAACCACUGUUCUAGGUAAUACAGCCACUGAUUAGUUAUAAUUAUUAUUUAUCACUAUUAUUAUUAAAUUUCAUGAUAAGCUCCUGUAGAAGACACCGUUUGUGAGAUAUCAGCCUGCUGACACGUUUAAAGACGUAGUGAACAGACCAGACUGUGAGGCUGUUAAGCUCCAGUUUUCUGACUUAAUAAACACAUUUUUAGUUUAAACUAACAGUUAUUCAAUCUCAAGUAUCUCUGUGGCUAAUACUCAAAUUAUUUGGCAUUCACCGUUAAUCCAGGGGUGUCAAACUCAGUCACAGCAGAGGCCAAAUUCUGAAUCUGGGUCCAACCUGAGGGCCGAACAGGGUCCACAUUUAACCAUGAACUGUCAACCUCAUUUUCAACAGCAAUGAAUUAUGGGAGAAAAACCCCUCAGCACUGAUGACGGUGAGUUUAAAGGCUCAAAAUCUGAGAUAAAAAUUCAAACUUAUGAGCUCAAAAGGCAUUUAAAGUCAGAAUCAUGUUUUUAAAGGCAAAUAUGUAAGAAAGAAAGUUGAAAUCAGGAUGUUUAAGGUGAGAUGAAAAUUUGAAAUCAUACGUUUUAAAUCUCAAAAUAUGAGAUAAAUUUUAAAAUCAUUGGUUAAAAAUGUCAAAGCCUGAGGAAAAAAUAAUAAUUUUGAGUUUCACAGGUUUAAAUAUGACCUAAAAUUUAAAAUUAAGGAUACAAAAGGCCAAAUGAUGAGAUAAAGUAAGGAGCUAAAAAGGUCAAAAGGUGAGAAAAAAAAAUAAAAUUGUGAGUUAUAAGGUCAAAAUAUUACCUAGAAUUUUAAAAUUGAGGAUCAGUAAAGGUAAAAAUAAGAUAAAAAGUCAAAAAUGUGAAGUGAAAAGGUCAAAAUGUGAAAUAAAAAGUCAAAACCAGAACUUUUCCUGAUAACUGUGGGAUGAAAACAGAAAUCUGUUUUCCCACAUUCCUGACUUUUUAUCUCAUUAUUUUAACUUUUUCUUAUUUUAUGACAGAACAAGGAUAUUUUAAAUCAUCAAGGUUAGAUUUUUACAUUUUUAAAUCUGCAGAUCAGAGGGACAGUUAGAAUAAAAAUAUGAUAGGAUCUGGCGGGUCAGGUAUAACUGUACCCCGGGCCAGAUUUGGCCCCUGGGCCUUGAGUUUGGCACCCCUGCUUUGAGCUGUAGAGUUUUCCCAGAAUGCCAUUGGGCAUUAGACACCUUUGAGUCCAGGACUUUGACUAAACCCAGGUCAGGUCUGUAACAUCCACCUGGUCUGAGAGCCGCGGCGGUUUCACUGAGGUCAGUCGACAGCAGACAGACAGAAAUGAUGAGUGGCUGUUAGACGGAGAGUUCUGGAACCAGAGUAUGGAUGCACAGAUUUAAGAGUCAAUUUAGUAUCUGAAUGACCAGAAUGGAUCAUUAAUCCCUGAUAAUCCCUCUGAAUUCUCCUCUGUGAUCAGGGAUGUGGGAGAGAACAGAUGUGAUAGUCAUAAAUGAAUCUUUGUUAGACAGUCUUUGUCAGUAUUUUCUUCUUUUUUAGUAUCAGAGCAGAGCUGCAAACCUCUGAGAGCUCACAUUAAUCCUGACUGUCUUUAACUAAUCCACACAGCGCAGCAGCCGUGACCUCUAGUGACCUCUAACUCUUUGUUCACUAGUCUGACUCUAGAGCUGAUCGUCUGUCUAAAGAGUUCAAUGGAGGAAAGUCAGAGUUUGUUAUUAACCGUUAGAGAGGAUGACUGGUGUCACAUCUUUGAGUUUGAUGUUUAAGUCUCAUCUCUGACAUGAAAUAACUGCAUCUGAAGUUGAUUUUAGACGUCCUGCUGUGGCCUUUCUUUCACGUCUGUGUUUAUUUCAGUAAAGUUUUGCUGAC